CUAUGAAGCGGAAGUGACGUCAGAUAGGCCGGAAAGAGCGCGGGGGCGUGAGGGAGGGAAAGAGCGCUCCUGUUCUGCUUCCGAGGUCAGAGGUCGAGCGGCUGACUGAAGAGGCUGGUCACGAUGCUGAUCAAAGUGAAGACGCUCACCGGAAAAGAGAUUGAGAUUGACAUAGAACCCACAGACAAGGUGGAGAGAAUAAAGGAGCGAGUGGAAGAAAAAGAAGGAAUCCCUCCACAACAACAGCGCCUCAUCUACAGCGGCAAGCAGAUGAACGACGAGAAAACAGCCGCCGACUACAAGAUCCAGGGCGGCUCUGUGCUCCAUUUGGUCUUGGCACUACGAGGGGGAGGCCUGCGAUGAUGGCGCACCCAUCCCUCGGCGCGUCCCGCCUCCCCCUCCCCCCUUCCCCCAAAGGACAGAUCUACCGUUUGCGUGUGGGACACCGCCGGGCUGCGCAUAGCUACCCUCCCUAACCCCUUCUUCCUCCUGGAUCCAGGAAGAAAACGGCCGCUGCCGCCCACCACCCCGGAGAUCUUCCGCAAGCUGUCAUUUGAGGGAGGUGCCAUUUAGCAAGGAAACGGGGGGGGGGAGAGUCCAUGGCUUGUUGCCUUCCUGGGGGAUCCCGCAUCCCGUCGGCCCCGAUCCUCACGCAUUUACACCCCGGCGACUUCUCAAGUGCUGCAUAUGCUCAUUGGCUGUGUUUCUGCCUCCCCUUGUUCAAAUGUCCUCCCCGCCCCCCCCCUUCCCGCAGUUGAAAUGGCUGAAUGUUAAAUAAAGGUGUUUCACGUGGUUUCUUGAGUUGUAGGCUCGUGACUGUGUUUGACUCUGCUUACGAUGUGCCUUUUUCACUGGGGUAUUCAGGAUCCUCAAGUCAAAAGUGGCUCAAAAGGUGUUUCCUUUCCUCUGGGAUCUAUAGUGUGUAUGGUUGUAUAUCACAGGGCAACAAGGGCUAACAGAGCUGCAGUUCCCAGAUUUUUUUUGCGGAGGGAACCAUGACAGUACUGUGGUGCCUUGACUUACGAAUUUAAUCCAUUCCGAAGGCACCUUUGUAAGUCGAAAAAUUCGUAAGUCGAAAAACACCAUUGGAAACGUGAUUUCCCAUAGGAAUGCAUUGAAAACGGAAAAAUUCGUAAGUCGAAAACCGCCACGGUUUUUUCCAGAUGCCGAGACAUUCGUAAGCGCACGGCCAUUACCCCCAUUCGUAAGUCGAAAAAUUCGGUUGUCCAAGUCGUUCGUAAGUCGAGGUACCACUGUAGUGGGUUUUCUUCGGUUAACCCCUCCUGUUGCAAUGUUUAAGGCAGCUUUUAUAGGGUCAGAACCACAGCAGGUCAAAUAAAUGUGGAGUCCACCAGGCUAUUAAGUAUUAACACAGGCUUACAGACAUUCCUUUGCCUUAGCUUUACACAGGCGUAGAAAUUAAAUUUCAGACGCAAAGCAGGGCUCUGUUAUCAGACCUGGAUGCCUGACAAGGC